AUGACGCAGACUGUGCCUACAGAGUACUCUAAUAAACUGGUCCAGUGUUUGAUAAAAAUUCCAUCCUUAGAUGCACCUCCAAAAUCUAAUUGUCAUUCAGAAGUGCAAGCUGUAGUAGAGAAGGCUGAAGAGGAAGUUUUCUUCCAGAAGGCUCUCCCAGACAACGUUCGACCAGAGAUCUUUAAGGUCGUCUCAACUUUUGAUGUGGAUAAUCCUGGCAGUCGUAAUAUUACCACAGGCUCUUAUGACUAUGGAAUCAGUUUUGGGCAUAUCACCGCAGCAGAUAUGGAGAAGAGCUUGUUUCGUGAAAAUCUGCUUGCAAAAUCUGCAUAUUACACAGUGUCCUUUAAUAGACAGGAUUUUGGGGUUGUUGACUUAUUUUUUGGUGAAGAAGAGCACUUUGUUACAGUACUGACACACAUAAGAAAGAUGAGGAUUGGGCAGCGGCACCUGGUGGUUACCUACUGCAAAACCUUAAAGGAGACUGAGCGAGCUCCUGAGUGUCCAGUCUUUUCUGUUAAAGCAACCAUCAUCUAUAAUCAAAACUUUGCCACAACAGACUUCAUAGCCAAUUCCAAAGCACCUCUGUGGAACAGACCAAAAGUGGAAGAAUUAUUGACAGUUCACAAUAUGCCAGAAGGCAUUCCUCUAGAUUUCCUCAAGCUUAUAAUUCCAGAUGCUCUGUCAGUGGAAAUGGAUGACAAGAAACAGAAAUUCACGCAAAAAGGAAGUCGUGUACAUCUGGGACUGGACCGGAAGAAAGGAGCAGAUAGUUUUAUGAAGUUGUUUACGCACAUGUACAUCAACAACGAAUGCCUGGUUUUCUCAGCAUUUGGUUCUCCUGUCAGUAGUGUCCCUGAAUUAGCAGGGAUUUUGGAAGAAAAGAAAAGUCGCGAAAAUGAAAUGAAAAAUGUGAGAGAACUGAAAGCAGUUUCAAGAGAUAUAAAUGCUACACCCUAUGUUGGUAAAAAAGAGGAGGUAGAGGUGAUCAUGAAAGUGGAAACUGAAGCCAGUACUAAAAAGAUUUUAUCACCAGCACCAGGGUCCAGCACUGUACAACAUCCGCAGCAGCCUGUAGGUACAUUGGUAUCCAGUAAAGCUCCAGCUGCGGGCUCAUCCACGAAUCCAGCCUUCUCAGAUGUCAGUGAUGAACUCUCAGACAUCUCAGACACAUCAGAUAUUGGGGUCGAGACUGCUGUCUCUAAAACAAGCCAGAAAACUGCCACUGCUGUCCCUAAAACAAGCCAGAAAACUACAACAUCCCCUACGCAAAAAAAGACUACCCCCCUAGUAUACAAGACAUCAAGAAUUCAGCACCAUUUACCAAGCACCCGCCCAGCUGAGAAAAAGGGGAGCAAGAAUGAAUCACUUACUAGUGGCAGCAGAACUACUGUGAGAAAAACUAGCGGGCUCACUUCGAAGGCUAGUGAACUCAGAAAAGAAACACGAGACAGGCUUCUGGAUAAAAAUAGGAAAAGUUCCUUGUCUAAACCACUGGACAAGAGCAUUCAUGGAAUUCAUUCUAGCAGACCACGCAGCCAUGAUGUCCGCAAGGAAAGACAUGACAGAGUCGGUCAUGUUUCAAGCUCUGACAGAGGAAAAGAGCGACCUGCUCACAGACUGAGUAAAUCGGGGAGUAAAGUUCGUGAGGAACCUGAGGCUAGUAGGGAUAGGAGCCGGAGAGACCAACCUCAUGUUGAAAGUGCUAGAAGGGGUAGUUAUGACAAAGCGAGUGGUCAUCCAGCUCAUGGAAGAAAUGCUGGCGGCCAAGGGAGACAUGCUGGCGACCGAGGGAGAGCGGGACGUUCAAGCAGUAGAGCUGAAAGAACUAGAAAUAGAAGUGAAGAUAGGGACAACGUAAAACUGAGGGUAACCCCUACAGUUGACAGACAUGGUAUUAAAAUAGUCAGUUAUCGUAGCAGAAGAGACUUUAUUAGAAAAACACAUGGAUCUCAGGAUAAUGACUCAGAUACAUUUUCUCUAAGCAAGAUGGACAGAUAUGAGGAUUAUCCCGAAAGAGAUGUCAGGAGAGGGAACACUCUUGACCUUCUUCUGCAGAAGAGACUAGGUAGUUUGGAGAGGAAAGAAAGAGAAGCAGAUGAUAGUAGACAUGUGAUAUUGACCAGAUCCCGAAGCCCUAUAACUAGACAGAUAUACAGAGGAAGAUCUGCAAGUCCUAGGAAGCACCAGUCGAUGUCUGUAAGAGUGAGGCAAUCAUCACCUUCAGCUGUGUAUGGAAGUCAGCAGAGAUUACUUGCUCUGAGAAGAUCCCGUUCACCACGGCAAACUUCUCACAGUUCUGUGUUGUCUCCUAUCAGCGCAGGAGAGAAUGAGGCAGAUGUUGCACAAGAAGGCAUGUGGCUUCCGCAACCACCAGUCACGCUGGACUCCCACCAAGACCUGAGGACAAGUUCAAGAUCUGCCAGCUAUACCAGGCUACAAGCUCAAUGGAAAUCCCAAAUUUCUUCAGAUGAAUCAGAAAAGGAAGCAUUUUCCGAAAGUCAGAGUGCAAGAUUCAUUGAACAGUUUGUGCAGGAGAUGAUUGGAACUGGCAGGGCUUCAGCCAGGGCUGCUACACCCAGUGAGAAACUGCCACCAACAGCAAGUAAUGAUUCUGCCACAGUCAUUGAGAAGAUCAGGGAAAUUUAUAACAGCAGCCUCAAAAUUAAUGAACAUGUCAGUGGGAAUGAAGAUGAUGAAAUUCUCAACUCUGCAGUACAAAGAGGAAGUCGGAGCAUAUUGAGGCCUGCUGAAAGAGUUAAGCCGGUAUCCAGCAGAAAUACAGAAAGAUUACCAUCAAAUAUUUCUAGUGGUUCAAGUGAUAUGGACCUGGAACCGGUUGAUCCAUUUGGGAACAGGGAUACUUAUGGAAGAACUAGUAAAGGCAUGGGAGAUGUAGACAGAUUUGAUUCUCCCAUGAACAGCAGAAGCAAAAUUGUUGGCAGAGAACCUGUCACCACACCCUCACAGACACAUUCUAGAGAAUUUGUGGAAUCCAGAAUAUCAGAUAAGCGUGGCAUACCCUCACAGACACAUUCUAGAGAAUUUGUGGAAUCCAGAAUAUCAGAUAAGCGUAAUUCCAGAGGAUAUCAAGAAUCCAGAGAAUCAGAUCAGCCUGAUUCUAGAGGAUAUCCAGAAUCCAGAGUAUCAGAUCAUCCUGAUUCUAGAAGAUAUGUCGAUUCGAAAUUAUCAGAUGAGCAUAACUCUAGAAGAUAUUUAGAUUCCAGAAUAUCAGAUGAGCCUAAGUCUAAAGGAUAUGCAGAUUCCAGAGUAUCAGAUCAGCCUAAUUCUAAAGCAUACUUGGAUUCCAGAGUAUCAGAUCAGCCUAAUUCUAAAGCAUACUUGGAUUCCAGAGUAUCAGAUCAGCCUAAUUCUAGAGGGUAUACAGAUUCCAGAAUAUCUGAUCAGCCUACUUCUGAAGGAUAUACAGAAUCCAGAGUAUCCGAUCAGCCUAAUUCUAGAGCAUAUGCAGAAUCCAGAAUAAUAGAUCAGCCUAAUUCUAAAGGAUACACAGAAUCCAGAAUAAUAGAUCAGCCUAAUUCUAAAGGAUAUGCAGAAUCCAGAAUAAUAGAUCAGCCUAAUUCUAGAGGAUAUACGGAUUCCAGAAUAGUAGAUCAGCCUAAUUCUAGAGGAUAUGCGGAUUCCAGAAUAAUAGAUCAGCCUAAUUCUAGAGGAUAUGCAGAUUCCAGAAUAAUAGAUCAGCCUAAUUCUAGAGGAUAUGCAGAAUCUAGAAUAGCAGAUGAGUCUAAUACAAGCAGAUAUAGAGAACCUGGUAUGACUAACUACUCUGCUUUUGAAGGGCAUCUGGAAUCAGGAAUGCUAGGUCAGUCAAAUUAUGGACAAAGCAGGGAACCUGAGUUGCCAAACUGGCCAGAUUCAGGAAGAUAUUCAGAGUUUGGCAUGCAUAAUUCUGGAGGAUACAGAGAAGCUGAGAUGCCUUACCAGCAAACCUCUGGAUUAUACAGAGAAUCAGAGGCACCAAAUCAUUCAGUUGCUGGAGUCUAUCACCAAAAUCAAAACCAGCCGUUACCUCCUCCGAUUCUGACACCUGUAGCACCCACAUCAUACAGUUCAGUGCACUCUGCGCAAGAUCAGCUUGCUGAGCUAGAGAAUAUGGCCCAGAUACUUGCAGCAGGCAUGGAGCAACAGCAGGGUCAGGCUGCUUCAGAUUCAGCUCCAGAUGUGUGGAACAAUCCAUCACAACAAGCUUCCACCUCAGCUCCUCAGACUUACUCUGCAGGGCCACAACUAUACACCCAAGGUCCACAGACAUACACCUCGGGUCCACAACAAUACUCUGCUGGUCCACAACCAUACUCCACAGGCCCACCAUUUCAAUUUUCUGGACCACAACAUCAACAGGGCCCAAAUAUGAAUUUCACUGGUCCUCCCAUCCAACCUAACAUCCAUCAGCCGUUUGUAAGAGGAGCAAACCCGCAACCAGCGCCCUGGCCUCCCAGUAACUUUUUCUAG